AACAAACUCAUUCAUUACAUUGUGAAUUAUGGGUUUGAUCAAGUCAGACACAAUUUUUUUCCUCAUAAACGGUAUCGAUCUUAAUUUUUUUUUUUUUUUGACAAAGGGGGAUUUUAUUGCACUUCAAACUGAUCAGUUACAAAGAGGGAGAACGAACCAACAAUCUGGUUCCAACAAGAGGAAGCCCAAAGGCAUCCGGUUACAAACAAAACUGUGAAAGACAAAAUGCAGCAACAGAGAACAAAACACAGUCUGCAAGCAACCAUCCGAAAAGAGCAAAAACAGAUCAUCAAGAAUCUCUCUUGCAAACAACCAAUCAAAGUGCAACAAAACCAAAUCAGCUUGUCCGAUCAUAUCGAAAUCCAUGGUAGUUGAACAUCAUCACUCCAUGUGCCGCCUCCUGGGGAAAACUCAAAGGCAUCCAUCACAGUGAAUCUAGAAACUAGACUAUAUGGCGGUGGAAGAGGAUAUAACCAGAUUGCUCCAAGCUGAAGAGGCAGAGGAGUCUGAGGCAGAGAGAUCAGGUUCGAAGAAGAGCAUAAGCUCCCAAGGUAGCUACAACCCUCCACGAAAACACCGAAUCCCAACCGCAACCACCGGAGAAGACCCAACCCACCACCAUCCGAAAGCUCACCAAGCCACUCAGACACCUAGGGAGGUCGGAGAGGGAAAGAAGGGAAUGGCUUCACCUUGAAGAUGAGGCCACCAAUGGGGGACAAUCCCACCAUCCAGAUCUGGAAGAGGCUCCCAAGUUGUAGACUCCAGCUUCUACGACGAGCAAGCCUAAGAACAUAGAACCAAGAUCUGAAAGAAGAGCCAUAGCUCGACUGGAAAGGAGAAAACUGAAAGUCAGGACGGCUGGAAAUCCGAUUGAAAACUGCCCAGGACACAGGCAAGAGCACCAAAGCAUGAAAAGGAAACAAAACCAGGAAAAUAAAAAGUUUUGGGCUACCGCCGGUCACCUAAAAGGAGCCGGCGACAGCCCACGGAUUUAGAAACGAAAGGCGGGAAGAAGAGAGAAGACAGAGCUUCUUUCAAAAAGGGAAAGGUAGAGAUAGAAGGCUUUUUUCCGGUAUCGAUCUUAAUUGGUAAUAGGUAAUUUCGUAUUCGAACGGAGAAAAAUAAUUAAUCUUCUUGCUCAAUAAAUACAUAUUCCUCUACUGGAUAUGAUCAAAUUAUUGAACUCUAAUGUUCAUCUUUUCAACAAAGAAUUUUAGCCUUU